GUGAACACACAAUACAUACGCACACACGAUUAUCUCUUUUUUUUUAUUCUUAGAAUUUACGCGUGUCAUGUCGUCUGACAGCGGUGACCGCACCAUCAAGGUGCUCUUGAUUGGCGACAGCGGCGUAGGCAAGUCCUCCUUGCUUGUAUCCUUUACAACGGGCACCUUUGACGAGAACAUCUCAGCCACCAUCGGCAUCGACUUCAAGAUCAAGAAGGUGAACGUGGUGGACUCGCACACCGGCGCGAAAGCGACCGUGAAUUUGCAGCUCUGGGACACCGCUGGUCAGGAGCGUUUCCGCACCCUCACCAGCUCCUACUACCGCGGCGCGCAGGCUGUGGUGCUUGUGUACGACGUCAGUGAGCCGCAAUCGUUUCACGGACUGCAGAAGUGGCUGGACGAGGCCAACAGUUACUGCCGCCGUGACGAGAUGGAGCGCAACAACGUCGUGUUUCUGCUGAUUGGAAACAAGACUGACUUGUGCCCAGAUGAGAACUCAAUGCCGCUGCCCAAGUCCGUAGCGCAGGGCUUUGCGCAGCAGAACAACAUGCUCUUCGCGCUGGCGUCAGCAAAGACAAAAAUUGGUGUGGCGCAGGCUUUUGACGAGGUGGCGCGGAACGCGUACGACAAGAUGCAGGAAGCGGCGCGGUACGAGAAACGGCGCGCGACAAAUCUAAGCGAAAAAGGCGGCAACGGAGGUGACCAAGGCUGCUGCUAG